AUGCAUGACAGAAUUUCACAUUUACACUUGGAUUUUACUGGUAUUCAUGGUCUAGUGACCACUGUUUCUGGAGAAAAUUUUUAUGUUAAUAUGCGUAGUUGUGUUUUAAAGCCUAUUAGGCGAAUGAAGGGAAUGAUUGUUAGUGCUGUAGCGUGGAAUUUUGAGUUUAACAAGGAUUCUGAAACUGGAUUUAUUCUCAUUGGAACAACUAAAGGCGCAAUUUAUGAAACGAACAUUUCUUCUUCUGGCUCAAUUAAUUAUUUAAAGCAAUUAAAUCCAAAUAUUUCUGAAAAGGGAUUGCCAAUUUCUGCUUUGCAUCUCCACCAAAUGUCUGGUUCAGAUUGUGAUUAUUUACUUUUAAUUUGUGUUCCAAACCGACUUUAUUGUAUUUUUGGUUCAGCCAAUCUACAAGUCAAUUCUCAGCAAAGAUCUACUCCUCAAGUUGUUGGAACCGUUUGGAGUAGUGUUAUGGUCGAUCAAAGUCAGGAGGCGGUGUUGCAGUCAUUAUUUACAAGUUUUUUUCUUAUUAUUUUAGUCUUUGAGCUAGACUAUCGCUUAUUAACAUAA